UUCCUACAUAUGGAUUCGCAUGUACUAAAUUAAAACCACAGCACGCGCCUUAAAUUCACGAAUGCUGACGAGGCAUUCAAUGACCACCCAUUUCUACCGCAAAAAAGAAUUCACAGUCAACCAUUAACAUAACCCAUUAAUAAACCUCAAAACCAGACCACACCUCAACAGAACCCUCACAUGGCGAUCGGAAUCCUCCCUCCUUCUCCGUCGCCAUCGCCGUCCCCUGCAUAUCAACCGCCGCAGUUGGCCCCAUCUUAUUCCAAUCAAUUACCGUCACCUCCGCAGAAGCAAAACUCCAAAACCCCCGUUGACUUCAGUCCGCCACUAAUAGCAAUGGUAGUAGUAGUUGCCACAGCAUUCUUACUAAUCACAUACUCCCGCUUAAUCUCACGCCACCUCCUCCGCCAUCUCCGCCGUUACCAAAGAUGGAGAAGACGCCGCCGUCUCCUCCGUCGCUAUCUCCCUUCGUCCAACGGCGACGAACUCGACUCACCUCCGCCUCUGUUCGACUCGCCAGAAGGCUUCCACGUGUACUCACCGUACGGUCUCGACGAGUCGGUUAUCAAAACGCUCCCGCUCUUCCUCUACGCCGGCAAAAAAAGCUUCCAUAAACACGGCAAAGACAAAGAUUGCGCCGUUUGUUUACUGGAAUUCGAAGAUAACGACUAUAUCCGUACACUUCCUGUAUGUUCUCACGCUUUUCACGUUGAUUGUAUUGAUAUUUGGCUUCGUUCGCACGCUAACUGUCCUCUAUGUCGCGCCAGAAUUCUCCGGUCAGAGACGUCUCCGACAUUUAUUCCGGUAAUGGCGGCGAGGAUCAGGCCGAGCUUGGACGAUACAUUUCUCCGGAGUAUGACGCUUGAAGCCAUUAUACAAGCGUCGCCACCUGCAUCCGUUAGAAACACAGAGAUAACCGAAGAAACUUCUCCGAGAAGAAACAAUUUUAAUUUCAGUCAGUCUGAAGAUAGAUUUAACGGACGUGAUUUCCUAUUGAAACGGUCGUAUUCGUUUGGUUUUGAACGGAGUUCAGUAGCGUCGGAGAGAAUGUUAGUAACGGAGCCAGCAACCGCGUCACCUUGGAGAUACAGAAGAGGAAGUUUCUGGAGUAAACGUCAGUCACCGUUUGGUUCGUUAUCAAAACCUAGAGUCUUCUCUUUUAGAUACUACAGAGGAAUGAAAUCGCCGUUUCACAGACGGAGAAGCGGUUUAUUUUUCCCGUUGUCGGAGAGGUUUCCGGCCGGAGGAGGAGGAGGAGGAUCAUCGCGGCGGAGUAAAUCAAUGGCGAGCCCGAUGUUUUUAAGAUCAUCAGUGGCGCCAUUUUCGUCGAGUCGGUUAAGGUGUGGGGAUCCAGAGGCGCUGUUAUCACCGGAGAGGUUUAACAGGCGGUAAAAUGAAGACACGUGGAGGGAUGGGAUUAAGAGGAGGCGGAGAUUGGAGGGUCGGAGAUGGGGAGAUGGAGGCAUUAAAGGGCAUUAAUGGGAGGUGGGGAGGGGGCAAUUAAUGUGGAGAAUUGACGAGAGAUAGUAUGAAAAGAAAAGAAGACACAGAUUUUUAUAUAACAGAGUUUUUUUUUUUGUUUAAGAUCUGAGCCAUUAAAGAAAAUUUUGUAUAUUUUUGAAUUCUGAAUUCUUGAGUUUCUCUCUCGUCAUUUAAUGUGGGUUUUGGGAUUUGUAGAGAGAGAAAGUGAAUGGGAUUACGAUAGUGUUGGGAAGAGGAGUUUUGAGUUAUUUAUAAAGCAGUGGCUUUGUGGAUUGAUUUCUGUUUGGAGUUAUAUUCAGGUUUUCAUGGUUUAUUUCUA